AUGGCCUUCGGCGAAAUUGUAGGCACGUCGUUGGAGGUCCCGCGAGUGACGUCGACGCUGCGAGUGCUGGUGCGAGAUGGCGGGCGUCCCUUCGACGUGGAUCAGCAGCUGCUGCAGCGAAAACAGGCUCUCGCGUUGCGAAGCUCAGCUGGCGCCACGUCAGCAGAAGCAGGCCACGUGGCACCAGCAGUAGGUGCCACGACACUGGCCCAGCGACUAGUUCCUGAUUGGGAGAAAGAUCCCUUUUUCCCACCCUUCGACCCCCCAACUCGCUUCUACCUUCCCCUUUCUUCGAACUUCUUUCUUACGUUCCUAACGGCCCACGCUAGUAUUGGAGGGGCGUAUGAAUCUGUUCGGGAGGCAUACGAGUCGUUCCUAGUGGCCGUCCAAUCAUUGCUCGCCACGGAGGUCUCUUCUGCCGACCUGCACGAGGCGGCAGGGGCGGCGUUUGACUGCAUUGACCACCAGCUCAGAGCACGGCGGGCGAAGCAGGCAGGGGAAGGGGAGGGAGGGGAGGAUGGAGGCCGUUCUGAUGGUCUUUCCGGGGCAUUGAGUGAGGCAGACUCACUCUCGGAUGCUGAUCUGGGCACCAUAAGAUCUGCUCUUUCCGACCUCCUUGGUCUUAUCUCCUCCGAACUUCCCCUCAUCCGCCGAGCAGCCUCACUUUCCCUCCAGCUGCUCGCCUGGCAGCGCACCCACCGCUCCCAACAGCACCACCACCACCAGCACCGCUCUGCACCGCAUCAAACACCUUCAGAUUCCUUCAUGUGUGGGGCGGACGUGCCGUUCCAGGUGCCUGGUGCAGGUCUAGAUGGUAACCAGCUGCUGAAGCAGUUCUGGGAGGAGGCCAGGGCCCGCACUCAGGCGCAGGAUCAGGUGGAACCUCAGGUGGAAUUCCAGGUGCCAGCCCAGGUGCAGGCCCAGGUGCCAGAGCACCGUUUCACACAUGAAACGCCUGUUACAGGUGCUUCUUUUGACGCCUCUGCUGGUGCUUAUAGCGCUGCUGAUGGUGCUGGUGGUGGUGAUGUUGGUGGGAGUAAGGAGGGGGAGGAGGGCCCGCGUGACCUGAGGUGGCUGCACCAGUCGUGUGUGGAGGCGGCUCAGUGGGGGGGAGGCGCACAGCUGACUGCUGACGAGCUGUCUCUGGCGGUGCUCAAGCUCAUGCAGUCACCCGGGUCUGGAGAUGAGGUCGCAGGUGAGCUGUUCAACCUGGUGGGCGAUCAAGGCUUCGAGUUCAUCCAGCAGCUGCUGCAGCAUCGCAAGGCGCUGGUGUCUGCAGCUCAGUCGGCCCUGUCAGCCCUGAAAGAAGCAGUGGAGGCGGACGGAGCAAGCAGCGGCGCCAGCAACAGCCACAUGCGGCACGGCGCUACAGUCACCGUGCAGACCGAGUCAGAGAAACAGCUGGAGAAGCUCCGGAAGAAAGAAGAUAAGAAAAUCGCUCGAGCCGCUGCGAAAACCGGAGGAGGAGGUGGAGUGGGGGGAGGAGGAGCGGGGAGAGGGGGGGUAGAGGGGGAGCUAGCAUGGUUGCUCGGCGCAGGGGGGUUUUCGGCGCUGGUGGAGGCCGGGGAGAAUAAAUUCGGAGGGGUGAUUGAUGCUCUGAUAGGCACAGGGGAUGAUGCUGUGCCGGUGAGGGCGCUGCCUGUGGGUACUAAGAGGAAGGCUUAUAAGGGGUAUGAGGAGGUGCAUGUGCCGCCGGCUGUGGCGGAGGGGAGCGCGGGGAGGGCACAGGAGAAGCUGGUGAGGGUGGGGGAGAUGGAGCCGUUCGCUCAGAAGGCGUUUGAGGGGUUUCAGACACUCAACCGCAUCCAGAGCCGCAUCUACCAGCGUGCUUUCUACUCCAAUGAGAAUCUCCUGGUGUGUGCGCCAACCGGAGCAGGCAAGACCAACAUCGCAAUGAUCACAGUUCUGCAUGAGGUCGGAGCCAAUUUCAAGAAUGGGGUGCUGCAGAAGAAUGACUUCAAGAUCGUUUAUGUGGCUCCCAUGAAGGCGCUAGCAGCGGAGAUGGCAGCAGCGUUUGGGAGGCGCCUGGCCCCUCUGGGGCUGGCGGUGCGAGAGCUGACUGGCGACAUGCAGCUGACCAAGAAGGAGAUGGAAGAGACGCAGAUGAUUGUGACGACACCUGAGAAGUGGGAUGUGAUCACGAGAAAGAGCUCAGAUGUGUCAAUGGCGUCGCUGGUGCGCCUGCUGGUGAUUGAUGAGGUGCAUCUGUUGAAUGACGACCGCGGGCCCGUGAUUGAGACACUCGUGGCGCGCACCUUGAGACAGGUGGAGAGCACGCAGAGCAUGAUUCGCAUCGUGGGGCUCUCGGCAACGCUGCCCAACUACACAGAGGUGGCACAAUUCCUGCGGGUCAACCUCGACACGGGUCUCUUCUAUUUCGACGCCUCCUACCGCCCCGUGCCACUCUCCCAGCAGUACAUUGGGGUCUCAGAACCCAACUUCGCCCGGCGCAACACCCUCAUGCACGAGAUUGCCUAUGAGAAGGCAAUGAAUGCGGUGAAGAACGGGAAGCAGGCGAUGGUGUUUGUGCAUUCCAGGAAGGACACCGUUAAGACUGCGAGGAUACUGAUGGAAACGGCGCAGAGGAACGGGGAGUCGGAGCUGUUCAAUCCGCAGGAGCAACCACAGUAUAAACUCAUGGAGAAGGAUGUGAUGAGGUCGCGCAACAGGGAGAUGGGGGAGCUCUUCCAGGCUGGUUUCGGCAUCCACCAUGCUGGCAUGCUGCGUCCCGACCGCUCGCUCACAGAGAAGCUCUUCAGCAUGGGGCUCGUCAAGGUGCUUAUGUGCACAGCCACGUUGGCAUGGGGAGUUAACCUGCCGGCGCACACUGUCAUUAUCAAGGGCACUCAGCUGUAUGACGCCAAAGUUGGCGGCUUCCGGGAACUGGGCAUGCUGGAUGUCAUGCAGAUCUUUGGUCGAGCGGGCCGGCCACAGUUUGAUUCGAGUGGGGAGGGCAUCAUCAUCACGGCUCACAACCAGCUCGCACACUACCUCCGCCUCAUGACCCACCAGCUCCCCAUCGAGUCCCAGUUCGUGGCGAUGCUAAAGGACAAUCUGAAUGCGGAGGUGGUGCUGGGGACGGUGACGAACGUGAAGGAAGCGUCAGCCUGGCUGGGGUACACGUACCUGUUUGUGCGCAUGCAAGCCAACCCUCUGGCAUACGGCAUGACGUGGCAAGAUGUAGCCAUGGAUCCGGGCCUGGUGGCUCGGCGGCAGGCCUUGAUCACCGAGGCUGCUCGUUCUCUUGACCGAGCCAAGAUGAUGAGGUUUGACGAGCGCAGCGGGCAGCUGUAUGUGACGGAGCUGGGGCGCGUGGCGAGCCACUUCUACAUUCGUUAUACUUCGGUUGAGACUUAUAACGAGCUGCUGAGGCGACACAUGAGCGAGAGCGAGAUUGUGGAUCUGAUAGCACGGUCUUCCGAGUUCGAGAACAUAGUGGUGCGAGAGGAGGAGAUGCCAGAGCUCUUCACUCUGCGCUCCAAGUUCUGCCCUCUGGAUGUGAAGGGCGGGCCAGAGGACAAGAUCGGGAAGAUCAACAUUCUCAUUCAGGUCUACCUAUCGCGCGGCUACCUCGACUCCUUCUCACUUAUCGCCGACACUGCCUACGUCUCCGCCUCUCUCGGCCGCAUCACACGUGCGCUUUUUGAAAUCACUCUAAAGCGAGGAUGGUGCUCCCUGGCGGCCUCCCUGCUGGAGAUGGCCAAGGCAGUGGACCAGCGCAUCUGGCCGCACCAGCACCCACUAAGGCAAUUCGAGUCGGUUAUUUCACAGGAGGUACUGUUCAAGCUGGAGGACCGGGGGUUGGAUCUGGAUCGACUGUGUGACAUGGACGACAGUGAGAUUGCUGCCAUCAUCCGCUCGCCCUACGCUGCCAAGCUGGUGUCGCAGUGCGUCUCUCAGUUCCCCUAUCUCGAGCUCGACGCUCACAUCAGCCCAAUCACCCGCACUGUGCUGCAGGUGACACUCUAUGUGACGCCCACCUUCCACUGGAAGGAAAGAUUCCAUGGCAACGCCCAGCGCUGGUGGAUAUGGGUGGAGGACAGCGAGAACGAGCACAUCUACCACACAGAGUACUUCAUUCUUUCCAAGAAGAUGAUGGCGCAGGGCACGCACACGCUCACCUUCACCAUCCCCAUCUUUGAGCCACUACCCCCUCAGUACUACGUGCGAGCCAUCUCAGACAACUGGCUCUCCUCCUCCUCCACACAUACCAUCUCCUUCCGCCACCUCAUCCUGCCAGAGCGCCACCCGCCCCACACAGAGCUCCUGAAUCUGCGUCCUCUGCCCGUCACAGCACUGGGGGACGCCGAAGCCAUCGGGCUGUAUGGCUUUUCACACUUCAACCCCAUUCAGACUCAGGCCUUCCACACGCUCUACCACUCCGAUCACAGCGUGCUGCUCGGUGCCCCCACUGGCAGUGGCAAGACCAUCUCGGCUGAACUUGCCAUGCUCAGGCUGUUCCGCACACAGCCAGGGAUGAAGGUGAUUUACAUAGCGCCACUUAAAGCCCUGGUGCGAGAGAGGAUGGAGGACUGGGGCAAGAACUUCAUGCCAAAGCUCGGCAAGUGCAUGGUGGAGCUGACUGGCGAUCUCACGCCAGACAUGAAGCUGCUGGUGGCGGCUGAUGUGAUCGUGGCAACACCAGAGAAGUGGGAUGGCAUCACACGCAGCUGGCACAACCGGUCAUAUGCGCAGACGGUGGGGUUGAUGGUGAUGGAUGAGAUUCACCUGCUGGGGCAGGACAGAGGGCCAGUACUGGAGGUGAUAGUAUCGAGGAUGAGAUACAUCUCUGCCCGCACCUCCCGCCCCAUCCGCUUCCUCGGCCUCUCCACUGCCCUUGCCAACGCCAGGGACCUGGCUGACUGGCUAGGAAUUGAGAAAGUCGGUCUCUUCAACUUCAAGCCCAGCGUGCGCCCCGUGCCGCUUGACGUGCACAUCCAGGGCUACCCGGGCAAGUUCUACUGCCCGCGCAUGAACGCCAUGAAUAAGCCGCUCUACGCCGCCAUUCUCACGCACUCACCCGUCAAGCCCGUGCUCGUGUUCGUCUCCUCAAGGCGCCAGACCCGGCUGACAGCGCUCGAUCUCAUUCAAUACGCAGCAGCAGACGAGCGGCCGCAGCAGUUUGUGCAUGCGAGUGAGGAGGAGAUGGAGGCGCAUGUGGCGAUGGCAUCGUCGGCAGAGCUGAAGCACACGCUGCAGUUUGGCAUCGGGCUGCACCACGCUGGGCUCACUCAGGGGGACCGUUCGUUGGUGGAGACACUCUUUGCUGAGAGGAAGAUCCAGGUGCUAGUAUGUACGUCCACAUUAGCAUGGGGUGUGAACCUGCCAGCCCACCUAGUGGUGGUGAAGGGAACAGAGUACUUCGAUGGGAAGCAGAAGCGGUAUGUGGAGAUGCCCAUCACAGACGUGCUGCAGAUGAUGGGGCGCGCGGGGCGGCCGCAAUUCGACAACGAAGCUAAAGCGGUGAUCCUCGUACAUGAGCCCAAGAAGAGCUUCUAUAAGAAGUUCCUAUACGAGCCAUUCCCAGUGGAGUCCUCACUCCACUUGGUCCUCCACGACCAUCUGAACGCGGAGGUGGCGGGGGGCAGCAUAGCCAGCGUGCAGGACGCCAUGGACUACCUCACCUGGACCUUCUUCUUCCGCCGCCUCCUCUGCAACCCCUCCUUCUACGGCCUCUCUGACACCAGUGCGGAGUCUGUGAAUGUGUUUCUUUCAGAUCUCGUCAGCCGCACGCUAUCCGACCUGGAUGCAGCCGGAUGCGUUGCCCUGCAAGAGGACGGCAGUGUGGAUCCUCUGCCGCCCGGCCUGAUUGCCUCGCAGUACUACCUGCACUUCACCACCGCCGCACUGUUCACCGCCAACCUCACUUCGCCGCCCGCUGCUGCGGCAAUUACCCUGGAGACGGUGCUGCAUGUGCUGUGUGGUGCGGCAGAGUUCGACGAGCUGCCAGUCAGGCACAAUGAGGAGUUUGUGAAUGCUGAGCUGGCAAAGCAUGUGCGGUGGAAGGUGGACCAUCGCACCUACGACGACCCACACACCAAGACCAACCUGCUGCUCCAGGCUCACUUCGCCCGCCUGGCCAUGCCAAUGAGUGACUACGAGACAGAUCUCAAAAGUGUGUUGGAUCAGACCAUGCGAGUGCUACAGGCCAUGAUUGAUACCGCUGCUACAGCCGGUUGGCUACAGCCUUCCCUGCUCACCAUGCGCCUCACACAGAUGGUCAUUCAGGCUGUCUGGUGCGACCUUGGCUCGCCCAUAGCCAUGCUGCCACAUGUCACGCCCUCAUUGGAGGAUGCCCUGUCAGCUGCCAGGCUGGCAUCGCUAUCCACCCUGCUGUCAGCCUCACCACAUCACCUCCGCCAGCUCCUCUCCUCCCACCUCUCGCCUGCUGCCCGAGCUGACUUCCUUCAGGCUCUGGGGAUGCUGCCGCGAGUGUCCAUGUCAGUAAGAGUGCUCCCCUCUGGCACAGCUGAUGGGGAGAAGACACCUGCGAAGUCCGCAGCAGCAGGAACAGCACCAGUGGUGGUAGAGGUGUCACUCCGUCGCUCGCGGCCGCACCAGCCACACUCUCUGCGUGCCUACACACCAUUCUUCCCCAAGGUGAAGGAGGAGGGGUGGUGGGUGGUGGUAGCAGCAGCAGACUCCCCCACUCUGCUUGCCCUCAAGCGUGUCUCCUUCACUCACCGACUCACCACUCGCCUGCAUGUGCCCGAGCUGCUGUCGCCGGUGAAGCAGCAAGUGACCGUGCCAACAAAUGCUGCUGCUGUAACUACCCGAGGGGCAAUCGGGCAGUACGUUAUCAACAAUGUGGGAUUUGUUACGGCGGCAGCUGCUGCUGCUGCGAAAGAGAAGGGGAAUGUGCCGGGAGGAGGUGAAGGCGUGAUUGAAGGGCGUCAGGAUGGGGUAAACUCAUCUGGAGGGGCAGGAGGAGCUGCUGGUGGGGUGGGAAGCAGUGAGGGGGGUGCUGCUGAGGAUGAGGAGGAAGAUGAGUUCUUUGAAGCAGAAGGAUAG